CAGUUCCUCCGCGAGUAUAAGCUCGUAGUAGUCGGUGGUGGUGGUGUCGGAAAGUCGUGUCUGACUAUCCAACUCAUCCAAAGUCACUUCGUCGACGAAUACGACCCGACAAUUGAAGAUUCAUACCGCAAGCAAUGCGUUAUCGACGAUGAGGUCGCCCUUCUCGACGUGCUCGACACGGCGGGACAAGAAGAAUACUCGGCUAUGAGAGAACAGUACAUGCGCACUGGCGAAGGCUUCCUGCUCGUCUACUCCAUCACGUCGCAACAAUCCUUCGAAGAGAUCAAGACUUUCCAACAACAAAUACUGCGCGUCAAGGACAAGGACUACUUCCCUAUGAUCGUUGUCGGAAACAAGUGCGAUUUGGACGGCGAGAGAGAAGUGUCGGUUGAAGAGGGCAAGGAGCUCGCCCGCAGCUUCGGAUGCAAGUUCAUCGAGACAUCAGCCAAAUCCCGCAUCAACGUUGAGAAUGCCUUUUACGAUAUUGUCCGCGAGAUUCGCAAAUACAACCGCGACAUCACCGGCGGCGCACCCGGCGCGAGAGCAAACGGCGGCCCUGCUGAGAAGAUGAACAUCGACGACGGCGACUCAGAGGCCGGCUGCUGCAAAUGCACCGUCAUGUAA